GUUUUUCGCGGGAAGCACAAGAUCCAAAGAAAUACAGCUGAAUAUGUGAAGAUUCUGAAAGAACUACAACGCUUUUUGUGCUGGUUAUCUUGUGUAGCUGCUUUGUAGAGUCCACCACUCAAUGCAAAGGGCUGCAAAAUGACCAUAAUAGACCCCCUUUAAAAGUAAAGGUCGUCGGACAGUAGCACCAACGGCUUCAAUAACCUUGGCAUGGAUGACCUUCAUCCCAAAACUACUCUCUGGGUAAGGAAGUGAAUUAUUUUUAAAAAAGUGAACUUUAUUUCCCUGCACAGCAUUCACUUAGAACUCCACUGAGAAUCUACUUUCCUUGCAUGAAAGGCGGCUGCAAACACAAGUGUUUCUCAUGGCAAUACUGUAAUCCAAAAUGGAGCCAAAGAACAUUUUUCCAGUUCCAGAGUAUUGUGUGGUGCCACAUCGUGUCUUUGGGAACAGUCAUGUCUUCAGUCAAGUUCCAGACAGUGGAUGCCCUCUGUGAAGCCAUCUUCACCACCUGGACAAACAUUCCCACCGUCACCUGGAAACACUGGUAUCAAGAAUCCUCAAACCAGUUUUUGAGACUGGAGGUUGGACUUGGUUCCCCCUGAGCUGAUGAUGCUACUCCGCAUCAUCGUUUUUUUUUUAUUGUUGGACCUUCCAAUCCCAGCAUCAGAAUUCCUUGAAAACAAACCCUUGGACCAUAAUCCAACCCCUUAAUGCCACUUGUUGACGUCCCUCCAGCACUGGUGAUGAUGAUGAUGAUGAUGAUGAUAAUGGCAGCAGCAGAACAGCACCAUACAGGGGAAGAACAACCUUGUGGAGCGCAAUGCAACCUUGACGCUUGACACGGAGAUGUAAACUGCUCUGCACAGGACACACACUUAAGUGCGCUUUCCAGCCACUCCUGGCUGCAAAGGAUCAUCGUUAUUGGAUUUUUUUUUUUUUUUUGUGGGUCAAGUUCAUGCAGAGGAGGACCGAGAUGGAGCUGAGAUGAAAUGUGGAGCACUGUUAAGUGAUGGCAACACAAACAAGACACACACAAUAAGGAGGCUGCGCAUCGGACCAGCGGGACUGCUUCAUCCCAGAGCCUCUGUUGCUUUCCUUUUCUCGGGACGUGCGUGCGUAAAGGGACUUCUCUGCUUGCCGGGGUUCCCCGAUUGAUUUACCCACCAGGAAGUGUAACAUCUACAUUAAAAACAUGAAGAUGCAUCACCCAGAUCCAUGGACCAAGCAUUGACUGACCUCCCAAGCUGGAUCAGCUAACCGUGACAGACAGGCCCCACGUGGACUCCAGAAGUGAUACCGCUGAGAAAACAAGCCCACCCGUGUAUCUGCCGUCAUCAUCACCUUCCUGCGCCGUGCCUUAUUGGAACACUGGAGCCCAUUAAAGCGUUUACUAGAUAUGAAGGUUUGGUUUCGAGGUGUUGUUGCUGCUUGGAGAUGAGAUAAGAGGAGUGGAGAGAAGAGGAACAAAAGUGCCUGUCUGACAUAAACUGAAUACAAAUUAGGAUUCAUCUCCCUGUACAAGCGGGGGCCCGAUCGAUGCUCGAAAACUGAAAUGGACAAAUAAGUCGGCUUCAAUUACAGCACCAUUAGCUCGGAACCGAAAUGAUGGGAUUAGAUUGUUGAUAUGAAGAAGAUGCUGCAAAACAAGACCUGGGGAUUGAAGGGGAAUAACACCCCAGCUGUUGAUCCAUGCAAUAAUAACUCCAUCCCAGUACAAGGCUUGUAUCCUGGGUGCAUGUCACUGAUGAGGCUCUGCUGAAGCUGUAGAUGAUCACAAACAAGAUGGAGGUGGACAACAGCUCGCUGGACUACUUCACCAGCAACGUCACAGAGAUUCCCGAACCGACGACGACCCCCUACUGGACCGGGGCCACACUUCUGGGUCUACAGAUUUCGCUGUCCGUGGUCCUGGGCCUUGUCACUUUUGCCACGGUGCUGUCCAACGCCUUUGUCAUUGCCACCAUUUUCCUCACCAGGAAGCUCCACACACCCGCUAACUUCCUGAUCGGCUCGCUGGCUGUCACCGACCUGUUAGUGUCCAUUUUGGUGAUGCCUAUUAGCAUUGUGUACACAGUUAGCAAAACUUGGUCGCUGGGGCAGAUCGUUUGCGACAUUUGGUUGUCGUCCGACAUCACCUUCUGCACGGCGUCCAUUCUCCACCUGUGCGUCAUAGCCCUGGACCGUUACUGGGCUAUCACGGACGCGCUGGAGUAUUCCAAGCGCCGCACCAUGCGGCGGGCCGGAAUCAUGGUCGCGGUAGUGUGGGUGAUCUCCAUAUCGAUUUCCAUGCCUCCGCUCUUCUGGCGGCAGGCCAAAGCCCACGAGGAGCUGACGGAGUGUUUGGUGAAUACAGAUCAGAUCUCGUACACCCUCUACUCCACUUUCGGAGCUUUCUAUGUUCCCACGGUGCUUCUCAUCAUCCUCUAUGGGCGGAUAUACGUCGCCGCUCGGUCUCGCAUCUUUAAGAUGCCGACGUCAUCCGGGAAACGCUUCACAACGGCACAGCUCAUCCAGACCUCGGCGGGCUCAUCUCUGUGUUCUCUCAAUUCCUCCUCCAACCAGGAAGCGCACCUGCACUCGUCGGGCACGGGGAACACGGGAGGAAGCGGAGAGUCGCCGCUUUUCGUGAACAGUGUGAAGGUGAAGCUGGCAGACAGCGUGCUGGAGAGGAAGCGCUUGUGCGCGGCUCGGGAGAGGAAAGCCACCAAGACGCUGGGCAUCAUACUGGGAGCUUUCAUCGUCUGCUGGCUGCCCUUCUUUGUGGGCACGUUGGUCAUGGCCAUUUGCAAAGAGUGCUGGUUUCACCCCGUGCUUUCUGAUGUCUUCACCUGGCUGGGGUACCUCAACUCACUCAUCAACCCGGUGAUCUACACCGCUUUCAACGACGAAUUCAAACAGGCCUUCCAGAAACUCAUCAAGUUUAGACGCUUCACCUGAAACUUGCUUGGGAAGAACUAGACCUUAAGGAACAAUCUAACAAAAAAAUAGUUCAUCUAUUGUAAAUGUUCCAUCUUGUUGUGAACAUUUUAUUUUUUACAGGGACCAGCUCAGUGCCAUACCUCAGUUAAAACAAAGACUUGCAUGAAAAAUUAAAAAAAAAAAAAAGAACAAUUGCACUCAUCUAUAAAGACUAUUCAUUUCAGGGGGACAUUCACUCAAGGCCACAAUAUUAUCUUGUACGCCCAUCAUCUAAUGCAGACAUUUUUCAAGUGUGAGGCACCCGAGGACGUCAGGGGAGGGGCAACAGCUUGAACAAAAAAAUAUUUAACUUGAAAUUUCACUUUUGUGACUUUUUAUGAGUCUCUUCCAUAAAGACAGGAUGACAAUUGAAAGUACAGUGGAAUCUCCAAAGUCAAACAUGACCUAUUCAGUGAUGCUGGUUGACUUCCAUGUUCUAAUUUUAAAUUCAAUAACUGUCAUACAAGUGUAAAGACAUUAGAUAAAGUAAAGUAAAAUGACACACGGGCGGCACGGUGGUGUAGUGGUUAGGGCCCAGACCUCACUGCUAGGAGACCAGGGUUCAAUUCCACCCUCGGCCAUCUCUGUGUGGAGUUUGCAUGUUCUCCCCGUGCAUGCGUGGGUUUUCUCCGGGUACUCCGGUUUCCUCCCACAUUCCAAAAACAUGCUAGGUUAAUUGGUGACUCCAAAUUGUCCAUAGGUAUGAAUGUGAGUGUGAAUGGUUGUUUGUCUAUAUGUGCCCUGUGAUUGGCUGGCGACCAGUCCAGGGUGUUCCCCGCCUCACGCCCGAAGACAGCUUGGAUAGGGUUCAGCACCCCCCGCAACCCUCGUGUGGAAAAAGCGGUAGAAAAUGAAUGAAUGAAUGAAUGAAAAUGACACACCAGAAUUUGUAAUUUGUAAUGAAGAAACAACAGGAAGUGUUUGCUUUGAAAUAUUGGCACCUAGUGCUGUUUCAUCUGUAUUGCUACAAUUAGUGUAAAGCAGUGAUGCUCAGCAGUACUCUGUUGAGGUGAGGGGUGUCACAGUUUUCUGUACCCGAGAAUGGCCAUAACGGAAAAUAAUUGAAAACCGCUGGCAUGAAGUGUUGUACGUCAAAAAUACUAACAAAAAAGCAAACGUUUAUACUAUCUAUAUACUCACUGACCUGCAGUCUCAGUUGAUUUGCAGAUGAUGAAUUGUACUACCUAAGUUUUGACUUUGGAGGCAUUUUUUUAAAUCCCAGAAAGUCCAAACUGUACAACUUUCAGGGGAUUUUGGAGGUUUCAUUGUAUUCUUUCAUCGUCCACAUUAUUAAGUACACCUGAUGUGCACAAAUGCAGCAUUUUAAAAAAUUGUGACGCAACAGAGCACAUAAGGCAAAAGCACAGCUGCUUUAAAAAAAAGAUGAAAGAAAAAAAUGUUCUGACAAUGUUCUUAAAUUCUGAAAAUCUUGCUAUGAGGUUUAAUUUUAAAAUAAAAAAUAAUAAUAAAACACCACAGCACAUCAGGAUAGGUGCAGUAGCUUAAAAAAUGAAAUAAAAUACCCGACUUCUUGAUUUCUUGAAAGCCUUGUUAUGAGUGUGAAUGUUAAAUACAUUUAGAAAUAUGUAUUAGUUUAUUUAAUUUUUCCACAUUUCUCGGUUCAAUUUUUUUUUACAUUGCUUCUGUAUUGGACCUCAUUGGAAAAUGCUAGUGUGCCUAAUGAAGUGGCCUCUGAAGAGACAGGCUGGACAUAAUCCAGUAGAAGGGAGAAAGCCAUCUAACGUGUCUGUGUUGUACUGUAUUCUGCUGCUCUCAUUGUUUCUGUGGUACAGUAAAGUACUUAC